CAGCUUUUCACGGUGACUGGUGUAAUGGCACAUCUUACAUCGAAUGUAAAGGAUCCAUGCCAGGCCUCUCUUUUCCUCCCCAUGCUGGUUCCAGUCCAGUGAACCGUCAAAGUCCAGGAAUUUCUUCCGCGACAGGAGAAGGAAUGAAGUUGGCAGGACUUUCCGCACUGUCCUUGGUAGCAGCUGAUGAUGGAAUGGACAGCAGUUUACAUGGCCCGUUUCAUCAAAGAUGCACCGGAAGCAGCAGCACUAUCUCCAUCACUGGUGAAAUGGGAAAUGAUGAGUGGACAGUCAUCACUUUGCAGCUCACUGAUGCAUUUCGCAGCCCAUCUCUUUUUGUCUUUAAUGGUGGUCUCUGGAGGAAUGGUUGCAGUGCAGCCGUCAUGUCCGGGGCAGCUUGGAAUGGUGUUUUCCCUAUCGCACUGAAGGUGGCAUUGUUAUACCGGGCAUCUCCUACCGCUCUUAUAGGUGUAUUGGCAAGUCCACAUUUCUCGUUAAGCUCUUGAAUGUCCUGUCUUAUUUUCUUCAUGCUGUUUUUGCUCACAUCAGUGAUGAUUUUGCCUACUUUGUUGCAGUUCUGAUGAAUGUUGGUGGCUGAUGCUGGUUCGAUGUUUGCGCAAAGAAGCAUACCACGC